AGCACUUUGGGAGGCCCAGGCGGGCGGAUCACUUGAGGUCAGGAGUUCGAGACCAGCCUGGCCAACAUGGUGAAACCCCGUCUCUACUAAGAUACAAAAAUUGGCUGGCAUAGUGGCGGGCGCCCGUAAUGCCAGCUACUCCGGGGGCUGAGGCAGGAGAAUCGCUUGAACCCGGGAGGCGGAGGUUGCAGUGAGCCGAGAUCGCGCCACUACACUCCAGCCUGGGCAACAGAGGGAGACUCCGUCUCAAAAGAAAAAAAAAAAAAGCAAACCCUGAGAAAGCGAGAAAGCACUUUGAGCAUUUAGAAUGGGAACAAACGGCGCUGUUAGUGCUUCAAAAACGUAACUGCCCAAGGCCCCUUGUAAGCAGAGGAUAUUAAACUCUGCCUUUUCCCUUUCUUGGAGUGGUCCUUGAAGAGGGCUACCGGGAAGUUCAAAUAUGUUCUGUUUUCGUGCAGAUUGUUCAUUUGAAGUUUGCCUUCUACCUCUCCAAACUGAGCUUCUGAUAUUCCAGGCCAAACUUGCUCCUUCCUCAGCCUUCUCCAUCUCAGUAAAUAUCGGGAAACUUGGUUAUGCCAAAAACCUUGGUGCUGUCUUCUCACUCUCCACAUCAGCCCAUAGUUUUCUAUUGGCUCCACCUCAGACUCCUAGGACUUCUGCACUUGCUCUGCUACGACCCUGGUCCCAGCCUGCAGCACCUCCCACCUGGCUUAUUGGGGCCUGGAGCAGUAUCUAGCACAAAGUAGACACUCAGUAAAUAUUUGUCUGUUUUCAUUAUUGAAAAUUCAGAAAAGCAAAAUGAAAACAAAACUAUCAUAAAAAUCGUCACCAAGGGAUAACCACAUUAAUAUUUUGGCUUAUGUUCUUCUGGAUUUUCUUCAUAUACAUCAACCAAAACAACAUGCUGCAGUGGGUUGAGUGCAGAAGCAGAUACAAGAAUUCAGCUCUCUUCUAUUAAGUUAAAUAUUGAAGAGAUUAGCAAAACUUUAAAACAAUGUUGCUCUUCAGUUUUUGAGGAAAAGGAAUAGAAGAUGAACAAACCCAUAACAUCAUCAACAUAUGUGCGCUGCCUCAAUGUUGGACUAAUUAGGAAGCUGUCAGAUUUUAUUGAUCCUCAAGAAGGAUGGAAGAAGUUAGCUGUAGCUAUUAAAAAACCAUCUGGUGAUGAUAGAUACAAUCAGUUUCACAUAAGGAGAUUUGAAGCAUUACUUCAAACUGGAAAAAGUCCCACUUCUGAACUACUGUUUGACUGGGGCACCACAAAUUGCACAGUUGGUGAUCUUGUGGAUCUUUUGAUCCAAAAUGAAUUUUUUGCUCCUGCGAGUCUUUUGCUCCCAGAUGCUGUUCCCAAAACUGCUAAUACACUACCUUCUAAAGAAGCUGUAACAGUUCAGCAAAAACAGAUGCCUUUCUAUGACAAAGAGAGGACAUUGAUGACACCUGUGCAGAAUCUUGAACAAAGCUAUAUGCCACCUGACUCCUCAAGUCCAGAAAAUAAAAGUUUAGAAGUUAGUGAUACACGUUUUCACAGUUUUUCAUUUUAUGAAUUGAAGAAUGUUACAAAUAACUUUGAUGAACGACCCAUUUCUGUUGGUGGUAAUAAAAUGGGAGAGGGAGGAUUUGGAGUUGUAUAUAAAGGCUACGUAAAUAACACAACUGUGGCAGUGAAGAAGCUUGCAGCAAUGGUUGACAUUACUACUGAAGAACUGAAACAGCAGUUUGAUCAAGAAAUAAAAGUAAUGGCAAAGUGUCAACAUGAAAACUUAGUAGAACUACUUGGUUUCUCAAGUGAUGGAGAUGACCUCUGCUUAGUAUAUGUUUACAUGCCUAAUGGUUCAUUGCUAGACAGACUCUCUUGCUUGGAUGGUACUCCACCACUUUCUUGGCACAUGAGAUGCAAGAUUGCUCAGGAUGCAGCUAAUGGCAUCAAUUUUCUACAUGAAAAUCAUCAUAUUCAUAGAGAUAUUAAAAGUGCAAAUAUCUUACUAGAUGAAGCUUUCACUGCUAAAAUAUCUGACUUUGGCCUUGCACGGGCUUCUGAGAAGUUUGCCCAGACAGUCAUGACUAGCAGAAUUGUAGGAACAACAGCUUAUAUGGCACCUGAAGCUUUGCGAGGAGAAAUAACACCCAAAUCUGAUAUUUACAGCUUUGGUGUGGUUUUACUAGAAAUAAUAACUGGACUCCCAGCCGUGGAUGAACAUCGUGAACCUCAGUUAUUGCUAGAUAUUAAAGAAGAAAUUGAAGAUGAAGAAAAGACAAUUGAAGAUUAUAUUGAUAAAAAGAUGAAUGAUGCUGAUUCCACUUCAGUUGAAGCUAUGUACUCUGUUGCUAGUCAAUGUCUGCAUGAAAAGAAAAAUAAGAGACCAGACAUUAAGAAGGUUCAACAGCUGCUGCAAGAGAUGACAGCUUCUUAAAACUUUAUUGGAAUAGACUCUUGACUUUUUAUAUACACCUAUCUCAACCAUUUUUUUAACUAAUUUUUUUCCUAAAUAUUCUUCUUUACCUUUAACAAGGCACAGGCUGUUGCAGGACAGUGGUUAUUAAAGCAUGGGUUGAACUUCCAAAAUAUAAAAAUAGAGCCACUAUAUCAACACUUAGCCCUACCCAUUAGUAUCACCCCCAGUUCUUACAGUAAUCCCUGAGAAAUCUCCUUCAAGCAUCACCAAACACAGUUUGAAAAUUACAGGGUUAGCAAAAAGAGCCUGGGCUGUGUGUAGGGUGGAAGCACUCUGAUCUGAAGCCCAACUGACUCCACUACUAAUUUGCUGUAAAGCUUUGGACACACACUUAGCUGCUGUGAGCCACUAAUAACAUUGGGCUAAUAUCUGCUGUGCUUCUCUGACAGGUAGUCAUGAAAAUCAAAUGAUGUAGAAUAGAUACAAGCACUUUGUAAAUUGUAAAAUGAUACAAAAUUUAAAGUUUAUAGAGCCAGUUACAAAAUCCUAUUAGUCAUAUAUUUAUAGAUUGUGUUCACAGCAAUCAUUUAACCACAAAUAAAAUAUCCCUUGAUGAUACUGCCAUAAUGAUAUGUCCAUUAUUAGAUUAUGUUACAUGACAAAGUUGAAGGAAUUUUGCAGAUGCAGUUAAGGUUCCUAAACAACUCACUUUGAGACUGUUGAAAGGGCCUGACCUAAUCAAGUGAACCCUUGCAAGAAGGAUUCUCCUUGUAAGCCUUCAAGAAGUAUGUGCGAGGGCCACAUUGGCUAAACCCUAAAGGUGGCCUCUAGAAGAUGAGACCUACCUUCCAGUUGUGAGCAAGCAGGAAAAAAAAAAUUGGGACCUCAGUUGCAACCACAAGGAAUUGAAUUCUGCCAACAAUCUGAGUGAACUCAGAAGAGUACUCCAAGCUUCAGAUGAUAACCACAGCCUGGGCUGACACCUAGAUUUCAGCUUUGCGUGAUCCUCAGUAUGAAAACCUAUCUGUGCUAUGCUGGACUUCUAAUAUAUAGAACUGUGAGAUAAUGGGUCACAUUGGCCAGAUGUGGUGGCUCAUACCUGUAAAUCCUAGCACUUUGGGAGGCCGAGGCGGGCAGAUCACCUGAGGUCAAGAGUUCAAGACCAGCCUGGCCAACAUGGUGAAACGCUGUCUCUACUAAAAACACAAAAAUUAGGUGAGCGUGGUGGUGGACGCCUGCAGUCCCAGCUACUUGGGAGGCUGAGGCAGGAGAAUAGCUGGAACCGGGGAGAUGGAGGUUGCAGUGAGCUGAGACCGUGCCACUCCAGCCUGGGUGGGAGUGCCACCAGGCACUCCAGCCUGGGUGACAAAGCGAGACUCCAUCAUAAAUAAAUAAAUAAAUAAAUAAAUAAAUAAAUAGGUCACAUUAAGCCUUUAAGUUUGUGGUAAUUUAUUAUGCAGUAAUAGAAAACAAAUACAGAUACUCUCCCAUGAUGUUUUUCCCAUGAUGAUUUCCCAUGAUAUUUAUAGGUUCUGCCCACAUUUGAGGGGUAUGUGGAAAUUAUACAGAGCAUGUACAGUGGGAGGCUUAUAGUGUACAUACUGAAAUGUGGGGUUGGAGCCCUAACACAGAGACCCCAGCAGGGCACUGCCUAGUAGAGCUAUGGGAAGGGUGCUGCCAUCCUCCAGACUUGAGAAUGGUAGAGCCACCAGCAGCUUGCACUCUGAGCUUGGAAAAGCCACAGGCACUCAACUUCAACCAUGAGGGAAGCCAUGCACCCUGCAAAGCCACAGGAGUGGAGCUGCCCAAGGCCUCGAGGGCCCACCCCUUGCACCAGUGUGCCAGGAUGUGGGACAUGGAAUCAAGGAAUAUGUUGGGGCUUUUUUUUUUAUGAGACACAGUCUUGCUCUGUCGCCCAGGCUGGAGUGCAGUGGCACGAUCUCGGCUCACUGCAAGCUCCGCCUCCCAGGUUCACACCAUUCUCCUGCCUCAGCCUCCCCAGUAGCUGGGACUACAGGCGCCCGCCACCACACCCGGCUAAUUUUUUUGUAUGUUUCGUAGAGACGGGGUUUCACCGUGUUAGCCAGGAUGGUCUCGAUCUCCUGACCUCGUGAUCCACCCGCCUCGGCCUCCCAAAGUGCCAGGAUUUAAAGUUUAAUGUCUUCCCCGCUGGGUUUCAGACUUGCCUGGAGCCUGUUGCCCCUUUCUUUAGCCAAUUUCUCGCUUUUGGGACAAGAAUGUUUUACUCAUUGCCUGUACCACCAACUGUAUCUUGGAAGUAAAUAACUUAUAUUUUAUUUCAGAGGCUCAUACGUGGCAGGAACUUACCUUGAGUCUCAAAUGAGACUUUGGACUUUUGAGUGAUGCUAGAAUGAGUUAAGACUUUGAAGGACUAUUGGGAAGGGAUGAUUAUAUUUUGCAAUGUGAGAAAGACAUGAGAUUUGGGGGGCUGGGGGUAGAAUGACAUUGUUUGGAUGUUUGUCUCCUUCAAAUCUCAUGUUUAAAUGUAAUCCCCAGUGUUGGAGGUGGAGGUGGGGCCUGAUGGGAAGUGUUUGGGUCAUGGUGGCAGAUCCCUCAUGAAUGGCUUAGAGCCACUGGUGAUGAGUGAGUUCUCACUCAGUUUGUGUGAGACUCUGGUGGCUUAAAAGAGUCUGCUCCCCCUUUGCCUUCCACUGUGAUUGUAACCUUCCUGAGGCCUUCAUCAAAGGCCAGGCAAAUAUUGGUGCCAUGCUAGUGAUGCAAAAUGGGCUAACAAUAUGUAAAUUUGUAAUUUUUAAGUUAUAGAUUGUUUUCAUUAAACACUUAUGAAUACUG